AUGGGGUCGGAAGUGGCGGCGGCCCCUAAUGCAGAGGAGCAGGAGGCGGCGAGCACGACGUUGAUGAGCAACGAGCAUGAUGAUAGACGGGCCGAAGUGGACUGCUGCUCAUCGAACGACAGCGGGCAAGGACGACUCUGGAGGGGUCGUGACCUCGGCGGUCAGGGGUCGGACACCGAGGUGGCUGGCUUACGGCGGUCACCCACAACCCACAGUCAGAGAGACAGGACAAUUUCUGGCUCCGUCUUGCCCGAUGCGCCGGAGAACCUUCCAGCGGCUGAGCUCUCUCAGCGAGUCCAGAAGAGCCUUGAGACGAUAGCCCUGGUUGCCAAAAGGUCCGGCAACCUGAAGGGCACUUGUGUGAGAGCUCUAAAUGACGCUGCCGUCGUGAUUAAGGAUGCUUUCGAGUGCCUCGUGGAGCGCACUUCCUCGGAAGAGACGAGGCGACUGCAGGCGCAAAACAACAGCCUUCGCAUCCAGUUGACUGAGGUUAUGGCUGAGGUGGCACAGCUGAGGGCGGACUUCCGGGAGCAAUUCAGGAGAGUGUCCCCGGGCCCGUCUCAACGAACAGAGAAGACGCAGCCAACCACCAGCUCCCGCAAAGGCGCGGCAGCGUCCUCCGACAUGGAGGACAUGAUGAGCACCAUGACGGCGCAAGUGGGGCUGGCGCUGGAUGCGCGGCUGAGAGCUUUGGAGUUGGAGGGCAGGCUGCUGCCAGCACGGCCGAUGCGGCCCCCACUUGCUGCCGACCUGGGAAGCGGCUCUGAGCGGGACCCUCCCCUUACCCGAGAGCUGGAGACUGCUCCCGAGACGAAAAAACCUAAGGGGAAAAGGACGAAGAAGACACCGGUAACGGCGACUGCUGGCUCCAGUGGCAAAAAAGUCAUAGAUGCCACGAAAAAGCCACAGCCUGCUCCAGCUCCACAACCAAGAGCGAAGAAGACCGCAAAAACGCCUGCAAAGAAAAAAGGCGGGACUGGGACCCAGUCGGCAAACGAGGUGUCCACACCCCGCUCGCUGCCACCUGCCCCCGCUACCAUGAAAGAGGGCUGGAACGUGGUGGCGAGAAAGGGAAAGAAAUGGAGGACUGCCCAGAGUGCUGCCCGACCGCAGCCAACAGAAAAGGCAAAAGCCAAAAAGCUUAAGCCCCCACGAACGGCGGCCGUCGUACUCACCCUACAACCGGAAGCUCUACAGAAAGGUGUUACAUACAAAGAGGUGAUCACCGAGGCUCGUACCAAGGUCCAACUAACGGACAUGGACAUCCCUGGUGGAUUGCGCUUCCGCCGGGCGGCCACUGGAGCGUGCAUUCUCGAGGUCCCUGGAGUAUCUAGUGGAGAUAAAGCCGACAAACUGGCUGAGGCAAUCCAGCAGCAGAUCGGCUUGGAGAAGGUACGGGUGUCCAGGCCCUCAAAAACCGUCGACAUCCGCGUCACUGGCUUGGACGAGUCAGUCACAAAAGAGGAGGUGGUCGCUGCUGUGGCAAAAACCGGAGGUUGUACCGUGGACAUGGUGAAGGCCGGAGAAGUACGCCAGGGAUUCUCUGGGCUCGGUACUGUGUGGGUACAAUGCCCCAUCUUGGCCGCAAAAAAGGUCGUGGCCGGGGGUCGUCUAUUGGUAGGAUGGGUCUCUGCGCAGGUCAAGCUGUUGGAGCAGAGGCCACUUCGUUGCUUCCGGUGUCUCGCCAAUGGACACGUGAGAGCGCAAUGUCAGGCGGAAACUGACCGGUCCCAAAGCUGCUUCCAGUGCGGCAAAGACGGUCACAAAGCGGCUCAAUGCACCGCCCCACCGCACUGUGUUGUAUGCGCGGCGGCCGGGAAGCCGUCUGGGCACAGGCUAAGCAGCAAGGCGUGCACUGCACCCAAAACUGCUGGGAAAAGCAGGAAGACCAAAGCUGCUGAUGGCCCCCGGGCCCCCUCGCAGUCGGUCGAAUCGCCGGCCAUGGAACAGGCCGCGACGCAACAGGAGGAAGAACCGAUGGUCGUCGGGUAA